AUGUCUAAAGCAAAGGCCAAGGAACGCUGCCAUGAUACUACUGCAUCUGGCCUCAAGAAUACGACCGUUCACCAAUUUUAUACACAGUCUAAGCACCGUACCUACGAACGUUCGCUCGAGCUCAGUGUACCAAAAUCAACAUCGCACCAGAAUAAUGGCGAAAAUCCCGAGUGGGAAGAGUGUAUGGGAAUUAGUUCAGAUAUGAGUUAUGGGGAGACUGUUGAGGACGAGCUACCUGAAGAGGAACCGGGGAAACUGAAGGUCAAACCAAAUGUCAUGGCCAAGCGCUAUCUUGACUCGGAUGCUCCCCUUCUCACCUGGGCUCAGUCAUAUCGUGACAAAUACUUGGACUGGAGUUUAUUGACGGAAGGGAGAGGACGGGACUUUGAUGGUUCAUGUUCCCGAUGUAUGACUCUGCAGCUCCCUUUCGAUGUCUGGAUUGCUUUGGUUUACGGAUGGAGUGUGGGGACUGCAUUGCGAAAAGACAUCAAGACGAACCUCUUCACCGUAUCCAGGAAUGGCGUCAUCCCCCCAAUACCUUUUGCCCGUGUCCUGCAGUCUCUCAUCGAGAUUUUGUUGUCUUGGACUGGACUGGAAUUCAUACCAUCACACUGGACUUCUGUGGCUGCGAGUGAGCAAUACGUAUCGCAACAUCUUCAGCUGAUGGAGCGGGGCUGGUGGCCAGGUUCUUACAAGGAGCCGUGUACGGCUGCCACCUUCAACCUCUUGUGUAACUUCCACAUCAUCAACCUUCAAUGUCAGACCCCUCCCUCAGACUUUGUUAAGGCCCUCGAACAGAUUACUGAUGGUUAUGGUAUUGUCAAGCUACCCGAUCGAGCAGCACAGUUCAUGCUGGUCCUUCGCCAAUUCAGAAACAUCAAGAUGGCUAAACGGGCCGGUCGUGGCCACGAUCCAAGUGGUAUGAGCGGCACAAUGUAUGGGUCAGCAACCAUCCCGUGUCGCGCGUGUCCAGACCCCCAUCGUAACCUCCCCGCUGAUUGGGAAAAGGCUCCUGCAGACGACCGGUUUUUAUAUGCUCUCUUUCUAUCAGAGGACGCCAAUUUCAAACAGAAGGCUCGUUCUCGACCCAACAAUUACCGUGAUCCUGUCCUUGGACCUGGCUGGGGGUGUUUCGUCCCUCACGAUAUCUAUAUGGAGGAAAUUACGAAGCGUACAGACCAAACCGAGAUCAGUAAUUGUGUCGGUUUCCAAUCGAUUGCAACCACAAAUACCAAGAAAUCCAGAGGGCUACGUGCCACUGGUGUUGGUGCAGUCAGUUGUUCUCGGCAUGAGACUUUUCGACCGAACGGUAUGGGAGAUCUGCAGGUUGGCGAACAAUAUAUUAAUAUGGACUUUUUGGCGCUGUAUAACCUCAUUGGUUGUACACUGCUAAUGGUCUAUUUCUCUUACGAUAUUGCAUGUCAAUGGAUGCAACAUUUCCAUCGAAGGAUGCAAGAGUUUCCCGCUUACAUGCAGCUGUCAAGCGGGGUAUCAGUUGUAUCCAAAGUUCCGAAAUUUCACUUACCCGCUCAUGGUUCGGCAUGUCUCGCCAAGUUUGCCUUCAACUACACAGAAGGCGCUGGGAAGACGGAUGGUGAAGGGGUUGAACGAAACUGGUCAUGGCUCAACGAAUGUGCGCGUUCGUUGUCUAUGAUGACAUUGGGAGCUCGAACCGAUACGAUGGAUGACUUCACGAACUUUUGGAAUUGGCGAAAGACUGUCGGCUUAGAAACUUCUCUCCUCAAAAAGGUCGUCAAUGCCAUUCCGGAGGCCGUUAUCAAUGCUCGUGCCUACUCAGCAUUUUCAGAAGCCCUCCAAGACGAUUAUAGGCAGCAUCUGUUGACGUGGCAGACUCAGGUUGUACAAUGGGAGAAUGGACUGUCCCAGUUCUGUCCUUACAACGUUACCGAAUCAGACAUUACAGUGGCCAAAGUCAAGAAAGCUCUUGCAGAGGAGGAACAUCGCCGUGAAAUGGCUGGAGAAAGCACCUCGCUUACGACAGCGAAUCAGGUCAUUAUCGAGGGCCUCGAUAUUGAGGACACCCAACAACACCUCAUUGCCAUCCUUGCACAUACAAAGUUAUCGGAAUACAAGGAAACUUCAAUUCAAGCAAAGCGGACGACUCUUCUUCAUCGCCUUCGAAAAUACUACGCAUCAUUGAUUCAGCACAUGCCGUCUGUUCAACUGUUGAUUGACGCUGAACCUUCCCUGAGCGAGGCCUUACAUCCCGAGCAAGUGAAGCUCUUCCUUCCCAGUACACUUGACCCCUCGCUCCUCUGGCCAAGUACGCAACCUCAACAUGCCUCUCAUCCCAGCGGCCAAACCACCGACACACAACAUGCUGGUGGUUGCUGCUGCACCAGCUGUGGGGUUGACGGAACUAUCAGAUGUGUUAUAUGCCCCUCUGAACUUAUUAGUCUUGAGGAUCGACUGCGGUUCGCCCAAGCACAUGAAGCUUUGAGCCGUCUCCGGGCUCAGCUUCGUGCACGUACCGUUGCCUACAAGAACUCUUCUCGUGUCAUUGCAUCCCAAGGCAUGUACGUCAAGUUGCGGGCGCUGAAGGAUCAAAUUGAGACAAAGGUGAAGGCUUUGACUGUGAUGUAUCGCCGUGCUCGGGCAGCUCUACUAGUUUUGCGGGGCGAGGGAGACUGGAGUCAGAUGUUGAAAGAGCUCAAGGAUGAGGAUGUUCGGGGUAUUAGCGAACGUCUUUUGCGGACUGGAGAGAAGGAAGAACUCAAGAAAGCGCAGGAACUUGUGGGAGUGAGCGCCGAGGACAUCAAUGCUGUUCUGGAUGGCAUCAAUACUGCCACAGUACCCGUGAAUCCCACUCUUUGUCUCGGGCAGAGCUCACAACAUCUUUCCUGGAUUUGGUUCACGCAUCGGAUGGUUGUCGAAGGAGCUACCACCUCUAUUUCGGGGGAACCGGGUUCAAACUUUGACGAACUUCAGGAAAGCCUACGCUCUGAGUGGUGCAAAGCACGUGCUCGUGCCCGUCGAUCCCGAGAGGAACUCAUGUUGGUGGAGGAGGAGAUGCACCGAUCGAUUGAAUUUUGCAAGUUCCAGUCCGAGUGGUGGAAACAGCAGAUCAAUCGGCGUCCGAAUAUCCCCAGCUGGCUUCAGGAGGGACUGACUGCUUACGCAUCAGAGCACUCCGAAGUUGAGCUUGUACGAGAAGUAAGAUGGACAAAUUCGUGGGCAGCGAUAUGUGAGCGAUCCAAAUUGAUUCUCCAGUAUCUAUCGGACCCCAAGUACAACGGGCUUUUCUCCUCCCUUUCACAGCUGGAGGUCAAGAUUGAUAUGAGGGAGGAGGAUGAGGGUGACUAUGUUGACGACGAUUAA